UUCCACGUUCCACCUUCAUUAUAACGAUCAACAAUAAUGGAGUCGGAACCCCUGUUAAACGAGAGCGUUGAUGGUGAAAGAUUGAUUCUGUUUCCCAUCAGAUACCAUGACAUAUGGAACAUGUACAAAAAAUCGUGCGCAUGUUUUUGGUCGGUCGAGGAGGUGGACCUUUCGAAAGAUAUGCCCCACUGGAACGGUCUGAACGAAGACGAACGACACUUCGUUAAACACGUGCUUGCAUUCUUUGCGGCCAGCGACGCAAUUGUGAACGAAAACCUCGCGGAACGUUUUCUUCGAGAGGUGAAGAUUCCCGAAGCCAAGUAUUUCUACUCUUUCCAGGUGACCAUCGAGAACGUCCACUCCGAAAUGUACGGUCUAUUGCUUCAGACCUACGUAAGGGAUAAGAACGAACGCGACAAUCUGUUUCACGCCACCACCACCAUAUCAUGCGUUAAGAAAAAUGCCGACUGGGCGAUGAGAUGGAUCGAAAGCACGGACGCCAGCUUCGGCGAACGAUUGGUCGCGUUUGCCGCCGUGGAGGGCGUUUUCUUUUCGGGUUCGUUCGCGGCCGUGUUCUGGCUGAAGAAACGCGGUCUGAUGCCCGGUCUCACGUUCUCCAACGAGCUGAUCAGUCGCGACGAGGGACUGCAUUGCAAUUUCGCGUGUUUGCUAUUUCAACGUCAUCUCCUCAACAGACCGUCGCCCGAACGCAUAACG